CCCCGAAAUUCAGUGCAAACGCAGCUGUCGUUUUGACACCACGCUGGUCGCAACCUCCUCCCGAUCUUCGUUUGUUUUCAAUUAUGAACUUUUUCCAACGUUCGUGCGUGUUUUAAUACUUUUCCCUCGACGUUGUUUAAGAUUUAAAACCUUUUUUGCUGGACUUUAGAAUUGAUUUUGGAGAGGCAUUAUUUUUGUUUAUUCAAAGGUGAGAUGUCGGUGUAAAGUGACUGUAACUGUGACUGGUAUUUUGAUUGGUGUUAUUGCUUUGAGUUGAAUUCAAGAUGAUGAUGGAUCAGGCUCAUUUUGGAGAAUAUUUGCUGCGGCAGCAGAUGCUGCACGCUGGGCAACUCAGUGGACUGCAGCACCGAGUGGGCGCGGACUGCGAGCCGCCGGCAUGUGAGGCGCGGCUGCUGAACGGGGACCUGUGGCGGCGCUUCCACGACAUCGGCACCGAGAUGAUCAUCACCAAGGGUGGCAGACGCAUGUUCCCAUCACUCCGCGUGUCUCUCAGCGGGCUGGACCCUCGCGAAGAGUACUGCGUGCUGCUCGAGUUGUCGUUGGUUGGUCGGCGACGCUGGCGCUGGGCGGGCGGCCAAUGGGCGGCGGCGGGCGGCGCGGAGCCCCAAUCACCGCGCCGCCUCAUGAUGCACCCCGACUCUCCGGCACCCGGCCACCACUGGACCGCCAACCCUGUGUCGUUUAGCAAGCUCAAGCUCACCAACAAUACUAUGGAUGCGCAGGGACAUAUGGUGUUGACGUCCAUGCACAAGUACCGUCCGAGAGUGCUGGUGGUGCGAGCGCGGGACGCCGCCGCGCUGGCGUGGGGCGCCCCUCACGCCGCAUUCAGCUUCCAAGAGACGGAGUUCAUUGCAGUCACUGCCUACCAGAAUGACCGCAUAACGAAGCUGAAGAUUGACAACAACCCGUUCGCGAAGGGGUUCCGAGCGUGCGGCCAGUCCAAGUGCAAGAGGAAGAGCGUGGACGCGGGGGGUGAGGGGGGCGCGGAGGGGGAGGCCAAGCGCGCGUGCUCGGACGCCGCCUCGUCGUGCUCGGAGGAGGGCAGCCUGCGCUCCCUCUCGCCCCGCUCCCCGCCGCCCCCCGAGUCCCCCGCGCCCGCCGCCGCCGCGCCGGAGACCCGCACCCCCCCGCCGCCCGCCGUCUACCACCACCCUGAGGUGCCCUACCCCCUGGGCCUGCCGCUGCCGCUCGGCCUGUGGCCCUCCCCGGCCCUCGCCAGCAGCUACUCCUGGGCGCCGCUGCCCCCCCCGCCGCCGCACGUCCCGUCCUCACCCCCGCAGGCGCCCGCACCCUGCCGACGACUCAAAAGCUUCACAAUAAGCGCUUUGCUAGGCGAAGGCUGAUUGCAAAAUACUUAGCACAAUUUUAGAGUAAGCGGGCAUGAUUCGCAAUAGUUAUUUUUGUAAAUUUAAUAAUGAAGAGGGAUAGACAGAUAAGGUAACGGCUCAUAUACCUCGUAGAUUUACUUAUACCUAAUGUAGAUUCUCAAUUUAAUUUGUAAGUUUUUGUGAUAUGAAAAUUGUGCCUUUAUUUUACCUAGAAUAAGCACAGAUAAUUAUUUAUGGUGUCCAUUUAGUAAAGAAAGAUAUGUUUAAUAAAAAAAUAGUAAAUAAGUACUUACAAUAAUUAUGAAUGUUUCAAAAAUGAUGAGUUCGUUAAUUAAUGACUGAAAAUCUAUAUGUAUAAUCUUUACGUUAACUUACAAAAUUUUAGGUGAAUUAUUAAACUGAACUAUUAGUUAGGAUGACUGUAAAUAGUGUAAAUAUAAAAGUUUAGAAAAUAUAUUUUGCAUAAGAAAA